UAAGCCUUUAAAGAACUUCAAUAGUAAUCUCGGAAUAAAAUACUACAACAUGGCCUUUAAGUUUGUUUUUGCCCUUGCCUUCGUCGCUGUCGCCAGUGCUGGCUAUGCUCCAGUUGCCUAUCACACAGCUGCUGCCCCAGUGGCUGUAGCCCAAAAGGUCGUUGUCAAAUCGGAAGAAUUCGAUCCUCAUCCUCAGUACAAAUUCAGUUAUGGUGUUGAUGACAAAUUGACCGGUGACUCCAAGAGCCAAAACGAAGAACGUGAUGGCGAUGCUGUACGUGGUGAAUACUCCUUGAUUGAUGCUGAUGGUUACAAGCGUACUGUCCAUUACACUGCUGAUGAUGUUAAUGGCUUCAACGCCGUUGUACAACGUGAACCUUUGGGUCAUGCUGUGGUUAAGACUGUAGCUCCCGUUGCCCACUAUGCCGCUCCAGCUGCUGUUGUUAAACAGGUUGCCCCAGUAGCCCACUACACUGCUCCCGUCGCACACUACUCAGCUCCUGUUGCCCACUAUGCUGCCCCAGCUGUCGUUAAAACCGUGGCUCCCGUUGCCCACUAUGCUGCCCCAGCUGUCGUUAAAACCGUGGCUCCAGUAGCUCACUAUGCCGCCCCCGCUGUGGUCAAAACUGUUGCUCCCGUUGCCCAUUAUGCUGCCCCUGCCCAUUAUGCAUCCUACGAAACUCCCGCCUACGGUUACCAUCAUUAAGUGCCAAUGUUGUUAAAAAUGUUGUUAAAUACUAUUCGUAGUUCUACGCCAUUAGUUUUAAAAAU